UGACACGUGUGCUUGAAUGAUGCCAUCCAGUAAAUCCACUGUGGAUGCUCCAAUCCUCCAGUUUACCAACUGCUGCAUUUUGAAGGAUCACGAUCUGCAAAGAGAGGAUCUAUGGGUAAGAGCUGGGAAGAUCCUAAACCCAGAGAAGGUGUUCUUUGAUGAGAAAAAGUCUGCAGAUGUCCAACUGGACUGCAAAGGCAGCAUCAUCGCACCUGGCUUCAUUGAUGUACAAAUCAAUGGAGGUUUCGGAGUAGACUUUUCCCUGGCUACAGAUGAUCCGCAGGCAGGAAUUUCACUGGUUGGCCAGAAGAUACUGUCCAGCGGAGUGACUUCAUUUUGCCCAACUAUGGUGACCUCACCAUCCUCAGUCUAUCACAAGGUUCUGCCUCAGAUCCGUGUACAAAAUGGAGGGCCUCAUGGAGCUGGUGUCCUAGGGAUUCAUCUGGAGGGUCCUUUCAUCAGCAAAGAGAAGAAGGGGGCUCACCCAGAGGAUUACCUCCGUACUUUUGAGUCGGGAGCCUUUCAAGAUUUGCUUGCCACGUACGGAAGCCUGGACUGUGUCCGGAUUGUCACCUUAGCACCUGAGAUGAAACGCAGCAGUGAAGUGAUCCGGGAGCUGACCAAGAGAGGCAUCUGCGUAUCGCUGGGUCACUCCGUGGCCAAUCUAUCUCAAGCCGAGGAGGCUGUUCAUCAGGGAGCUACCUUCAUUACUCACCUCUUCAAUGCCAUGUUACCUUUCCAUCAUCGAGACCCUGGGAUCGUGGGACUUCUCACAAGUGACAAGAUUCCUCCUGGCCAGCAAGUGUUUUAUGGCAUGAUCUCAGAUGGGAUCCACACGAAUCCUGCUGCUCUGCGAAUCGCACACCGGGCCCACCCUAAAGGGCUGGUCCUGGUGACAGAUGCCAUUCCAGCAAUGGGACUUCCCCCUGGCAGACACACACUGGGCCAGCUGGUGGUAGAGGUAGAAGGACCAAAUACCUACAUUGCAGGUACCAAAACGCUGAGUGGAAGCAUCUCCACCAUGGAUUCCUGUGUCCGGCAUUUCAGAGAGGCCACCGCUUGUUCGAUAGAAACAGCCCUGGAGGCAGCCUCCCUCCAUCCUGCUCAGCUCUUAAAUAUCAAGGACCAAAAGGGAACCUUGGAUUAUGACUCUGAUGCAGAUUUUGUGUUGCUGGAUGAGAGUCUCCACGUACGGGCCACUUAUAUUGCCGGCGAACAGGUCUGGAGGCAAGGCAACUUCACCUUCUGAAGCUGGUGCAGAGACGGACAGGCAGCGCUUCAGACUGAAGGCAGAGGGGGACCUGGAGUGGCGCGCAGCUCCAUUUUUCCUUAAGACCUUUUGGUUUUGCCUCAUUUUCCAUCCUAGUGUCUCUCUUCGAAGAAUCCUGCACAAACUCUAGCAUUGGCUGCCCUCCUUCCUAUGGAACGUGAUGGAACUUUUCCUUUUUCCUCGACUUGACCCAGGUUGCUGUCCCACAAACACCAGCUGGAGCUCCUUGCAGAGCUUGACAGGAACUUUUCUCGCUGGGUUAAUCAACAGACUUCCCGCUACUGGGGAACAGCAGCCAUUUUUUUCCCAGAGUGCCUCUCUCUUUGCCUUGCAGUGCAACCCCUUUCAUAUUUGGACGGAGCUUUGGGAAGGGGUGUGGGUGAACCAUCAUCUGCCUUGUCCCCAGUUAAAGCCAACUCUAUGCAGUACUGUUAUAGCUGGCUGGAUUUGCCUAAGCAGCUGAGCCAUAAAUCUGGGGUGAAGUGAAACCCCAAGACAGUGCACAUCCUGCAAAAAUAAUUUUUUGGCAGCCUGGGAGCCAUUUCUGACCACAGUUGCUGAAAUGCGUAGUAUGGUUUCAUUCCAUUUUGAGCUGGAAAAGACAUUAAUGAACACCCUAAAAUAGGUUCAGCUUUUUUUAAAGCCUCCCAAAUCCCCCCUACAAUUCAGAAAGAAAAUCUCAGCUCCACACAAAUGUAUGAUUAAGCCAAAGCCAAACACUAUCAUGGCUUAACAUUGACAUCAGUCUUCCCAGAUGCAUAUUCUACAAUUAAAAGUUUAUUUAAAAUAAAUUCAUGUUUCCUUUCAAGGGGGCCUCUCAAAUCUGG